UAUCUUCGGAAUCAUUGCUCUCCUAACAGCGGGUCAUGUCCUUGUGCGUAUACCUAUGUAUAGUCGAUGCGUUGUUAUGAUGUACUUCGCGGGUGUAAUGAAUUCAAAUUACCCAAUUAACUUCGUGUUUUAACGGCGAAAGUGUUGAGUUUCAGUCAAUAAAAAACUGGUGGUGUCUGUUGAUGCGAGAUGUCCUUGAUAAUUGUGCAACAGUGAUGAGGGUGAUCAAGUGAAUUAAAUGGAACAAUGAAUCAGUGAUUUAAAUACAAUAUUUGGGUGAAAUUGUAGUUUUGGAGAGUUACAAGUUAAGUGUGGAAGCUUACUGAGCAGGAAUUGUGGAUUUAUUUGAGAAAGAGGAUUCAACUAUUCAAAUAAUGAUAAUGGCUUCUAGAAGACGGGAGUAUAUGAACGCGAUUUUGUUGGUGUUACUUUUGAAUGCGGCUCUAAUAGAGUGCGGCGAGAAAUUAGCUUUACUAUCGGCAACACUAAGAACAUAUCAAAAGUUGGGAUGCGACACGGAUCAAGUUUCAUUAGCAUGUCCCCGAGGCACGAGCAUUUCCAUCGAAUUGGCACAAUUUGGAAAAUCUAAUCGAAAUGAUGGGGUUACGUUGGAAGAUUUGUGUGCUUCGGGAGAUCACAAUAUCAACACAAAUGUGGGAGACAGGACAUUACUUUCAGCCUCAUCGUUGAACAGUGAAUCAACGGCAUCCAUUGGAAAAACAAAUAUAGCAACAUCCAUUAUUUCCGCAAACAACACAGCUUCAAACAACAUUCUUUCAGCACAAAAGGAGAACAUCCCGUCGAACUGUUUGUGGCCAAAUGCAUUGCAGUACUCGUUGCUGCAAACAGUCGUGGAAGCGUGCCAAAAGAAGAAACAUUGUAAAUUCAACGUUCUCCCGGAUGGCUAUGGAGCGGGGCGAAGCGGUAUUGGAGACGCCACUGGAAGCUCUAGUUACGAUAGCCCAAAUACUAAAUUGAAUCCAUGCCCUCGCAUUCGAAAGUUUGUUGAAAUCGCCUACAAAUGUCGACCAUAUGAAUUCCGGAGCAAGGUUGCAUGCAAAAACGACAUAAUCCAACUGGAGUGCAAUCCUUACUCCCGAAUUGCGAUCUACAGUGCCAGCUUUGGUCGUACGGAGUAUGAAAGCAUCCAAUGUCCCCAGCCCCAGGGCGUCAAAGAGGAAACAUGUUUGGUCUCCUACGCAACUGAAACUGUAAUGCAAAUUUGCCAUGGACGAAGACGAUGUAAUUUAUCAGCAGAUACAACAACUUUUGGCUCUCCGUGUAGCCCACAAUCGAGGAUCUACCUGAAGGUUGUUUAUACAUGCGUACCAAAACAAGUACUCAAAGAUAGAUAUGAAUCGGACAUCGAACCAGAUGAGGUAGAGAACUUUGGCGGUGAUGAAAACGAUAUUUACGAUGAGGAUCAAUUCUACAAAGAGUCCGAAGCCAUUCCGAAACUUCAAAGUAAUUUCACGCGGGUCAGUGUAGUAAAUAUCUCUAGCACAAUGGAACCAGAUACUACUCAAAACCCAAUAGUGACACAACCUAAGGGAAUCAGCCUUGAAGAUAGCCAAAACCGUCUCUAUUUGUACUUAAUAAUUGCUGGCUCGGUUGGUGUCCUUUUAUGUAUCAUUCUGGUGGUAGCACGUGUAGUGCUACAAAAACGUCGCUCCAGAUCCGACGAUACAACAUCAUCACCAAAAGGAGAGACGACUAUUUCCAAUGGCUUCAACGACAGCAUUUCAGAGAUAGAUGCUGACAUUGAUUUAGCAACGCCCGUCCCAGUGCCAAGUGUCUCAAAGAGUGAGAAUUACAUCACGUACGGACCGGCAACAAAUUUGUAUGGCAGCCUUGGACCAUCGAAUGUUUCUCACACGUCCACGACAAUGCUAUUGCCCACAAAUUCACUAGUAUGUGCUCGACAAUCACCCGACAUUAUCGGUGUAGCCAACACAUUUGUUGGUCAACCACCACUAGGAGGCAGCAGCGCUAUCGGAGCCGUAGUACCAAUAACUUCACUAGCACAAUACACAACAGCCCCUACCACUUUCCAUCCAGCCUACAUAAUGGACCACGAAGGCAUCCUCCGACGUCCGAAUUCUACUCAGCCUGUGCAUGCUCUACCACAGCACCCUCAGUCAGGGACAUUCCACUAUGACGGUACCGCACCAAGGACACUCUCGAGUGGCGUAGCACAAAAUCCUCAGUUCUACUACGGAUGACCGAAUCAGUCUGACGAUGAUUCACAACAAUCAACUGCCGUCACAAACCCUAGCGCUCUCGAAGCAGAUAGCAAAACCAAGGAUAGUAGGAAAAGUUCCUCCGGAAGAACUUAUUGUUUUUAGGUGGUGUGCAACUGAAUGGCGUUAAAGUUAAUCGUGUAAGUUAAAUGUAACUCUAGAUAAUAAAAUGUAAUUGAAAUAAGAUAAAAUGCAAGGCAAUUGCCAAUAUAUCAAACAUACAAGUCUGACACGACCUUGCAGCUAUGAUGAUUUUUAUAUCCAACAAGCAAACCUUCACAUGAACAUUACUUUUUAAAUUUGAAACGUAC